AUGGAGCUUCUUGUAAAUGUACGAAAAUGGAUAGAAGAAAACAAAGAUGCCUUUGUGCCACCUGUGCGCAAUAAACUUAUGCAUCGCUAUCAAUUGAACGUGAUGUUUGUUGGGGGGCCAAAUGAAAGGAAAGAUUAUCAUAUUGAAGAAGGAGAAGAGUUAUUUUACCAAGUGAAAGGAGAUAUGUGUUUGAAGAUAAUUGAAAAUGGGAACCACAGAGACAUUUUCAUCCGAGAAGGGGAGAUGUUUCUCCUUCCCGCUAGGAUCCCUCAUUCUCCUCAGCGAUAUGCAAACACCGUGGGCCUUGUGAUUGAGAGGGAAAGAUUAAAGACAGAAAUUGAUGGGCUCAGGUGA